GAAAGUGCGAGCACGUGAUUGCGGACGUGGGCCAACGAUCGAGAUCUUCUUUUGCCCUUCAUUCGCAAAGCGACAGUGUGAAUGAAGUUCCGGCCUUGCAUCGACAUCCACGCCGGCGUUGUCAAGCAGAUCGUCGGCUCAACGCUCUCGGACCGCAAAGACGCCGCCGGCCCAGUCACCAACUUCGUCUCGACUUUGAGUGCCGCGGAUUAUGCCACGAUGUACCAGCGCGACGGUCUGCGCGGCGGCCACAUCAUCAUGCUAGGCGCCAGCGAGGCCAAUGAGGCGGCGGCGAAGAGUGCACUGGCGGCCUUUCCGCACGGCAUGCAAGUAGGCGGUGGCAUCACGGCCGAGAAUGCGCGUAUGUACCUCGACGCAGGCGCAAGCCAUGUCAUUGUGACGUCGUACGUAUUCCGGAAUGGCCACAUUGACAUGACGCGACUUGCGCAACUUGGCGACGUCGCGGGCAAGGAUCGCGUGGUCUUGGACUUAAGCUGCCGCAAGAAGGAAGAUGGCCGCUUCUAUAUCAUGACUGACCGCUGGCAAGUCUUUACCGACGUUUUCUUGAGCGAGGAGCUUUUACGCGAACUGGCACAGUACUGCGACGAGUAUCUCGUGCAUGCAGUCGAUGUUGAGGGCAAGCGUUGUGGCAUCCAGGAAGAGCUUGUGGACCUUCUCGGACGAUGGUCGCCUAUCCCCGUGACAUACGCGGGUGGUGCACGCUCGCUCAACGAUUUGGGUCUCGUCGAACGCCUCGGUCACAACAAGGUUGACUUGUCUAUUGGGAGUGCUUUGGACAUCUUCGGGGGAGACAUCCCGUACGCCGCAGUCGUUGCGGCCUCGAAACAGUAGACGAUUGAUCUCAACGCAGUGUAUUUCCAGCGUCUUAUGCUUCUCAAGCCGGGGCCUUCUUGGGCUUGCGCUGCUUCCCGACGCGGUCGAGGUAGUUGACGAACGAAAGCUCGUCCGAGUCGCCAAACAGUGUCUUCAUCUUCGUCUCGAGCUGCGCUUGGCCGUAGCGUGCAAACAGAAUCGCCAUCGUGUCGUCAGCGGUGAUCGUACCGCACAUCUUCUUGUCGUAUGUCAUGAACUGCACGACGUUGAAUAAAUUGACGGGCUCGAGCUCAGUCUUGUCGAGGAGGUUGCGAUUGAACAUACCCCGCAACUCUUCCC